CACGAUCACCGCACAGCCGGUACAACGAACACGUCUCUCUCUCUCUCUCUACUCUGCUUUCACUGAUCAGUUCAUCAGACCACCAAACAGAUCAUUCAAUCACACCUUCCUCUCUCUCUCUCUCUCUCUCUAGAAAUUUCCAGGGUUUUUCUCUUCUUGUGGGAUUGUAAAUUCCACCAAAUCAUUGGACGUUCUUUCAAUUUCAAUUCUCCGGUGCGUUUUAUUUAUUCAAAGCGGAAGUUUCACGGCGAAGUUUUCGUUCAUCUCCACUCGCUCUUUGUUCUCUGUCUUCCGGAACAGAAUAAUCGUUGCCUAAGCUUUGAAUGCAGAGAGCUAUUACUUUUGAAUUUGGUGUAUUGUGACGAAGAGACAUGAGUACUAAACUCUUGCAUAUCCAGCCCAAGGAACUACAAUUCGUAUUUGAAUUGAGGAAACAAAGUACGUGCACGGUUCAGCUAGCCAAUAACACCAACCAUCAUGUUGCCUUUAAAAUUAAAACCACGUCUCCUAAGAAAUACUGUGUUCGACCCAAUGUUGGGAUAGUUUUUCCAAAAUCAGCAUGUGAAUUUUCAGUUAUAAUGCAAGCUCAACGGAUUGUCCCUCCCGAUAUGUUGUGUAAAGACAAGUUUUUAAUUCAAAGCACAAUUGUUCCAUCAGGGACAACAGAAGAGGACAUCACUGCUAGUAUGUUUUCAAAAGAUGGAGGUAAAUAUAUUGAAGAAGAUAAGCUCAAAGUAGCGCUCAUUAGUCCGCUGAAUUCCCCAAUACCCUCACCUGUUGAUGGAACAAUUGACGAAAUCAUGGAUGAAGUUAUGAAACUGAACGAGAAAAGUGGACCGCUAAGUGAUGGGCUGGCCACCAAUGAAACUACAAAGCUGAAAGAUCGAAAUGGUGCAUCAGAUGAACUGCUUCCUUCUGGGUUUUCAACACUAAGAGAACAAAUUAGACCAUCAAAAGGGAGGACGGCCCACGACGUUUCAGGGUUAAAGAAUGAUUUUUUUGCAUCAUUGAAGGAGGGGCGGACAAUUGAAGCUUUAAAACCAUCUAAUCAAAAUGGAGUUUUGAGGGAGGAGGUUCUGCUUCAUAGGACUUCAGAACACAAGGAUCAAAAUGGAGCAUCAAAGGAAGAACUAUCUCGUGAAGCAUUAAAACCGAGAGAUCAAAAUGGAGCAUUAAUGGAGCAGGAGUUUAGUGUUGAAGCUCCAAAAAGAAGAGUUCAGAAUGGAGCAGAGGGGCGCGCCUUUGGAACUUCACAUCUGGAGGAUCAAGAAAUUGUUAUAAUUCAACCUUCACCGGUGGGAGUAAAAAUUCCUAAGGGUCUGGAUGAAAACCUAAAGCAGCUAAACAAUAGCCCGUUGAGAUUACGAAAGACGGCUGAGAUGAAGCAAGCAGCAGAAUUGGAGCCAAUGAAAGUGAAAAAAUCGAAACAGCUCAAGUUAGUUAAGGACAUUGAUGAGAUGAAGUCAAAGCUAAAUGAAAUUGAAUUAAAGCUUGGAGAGGCUCAACAUACCAUUUCAAGGCUGUCCGAGGAGAGGAGAUUUAGUGCUCAAGAAGUAAAAAACUUGAAGGAGAACUUGAUGGGAAUGAGUAGGAGAGGCAGGGCGAGCAACCGCGUCGGUUUUCCUCCUUUGUUUCUCUGUAUGGUGGCGCUUAUUUGCAUUGUGUUCGGAUACCUUUUGCGCUAUUGAAGAACCGAAUGCGCUGAUCAGGAGCGGUGAAGAGAGAGCGACAAAGAUUGGAGAAAACAUGUAAAGGAAUUAUCUUACUUUAUGUAGAUAGAAUGGUAGGUAUAGGGCUGUUGUGUGUUGUCAAUAAGAAUAAAG